GGCUGCAGGUGGGUGUGGGUGGGAGACGGCUUCUGCUCCACCACCGAGUGUGCCUUCUCCGGUCCCAUCCACCUCGCCCCCUACCUCCGCAUCAUCACCGCCGACCUCUCAUCAUCCCUUCCACUCCCUCACACCCCUUUUCCGCUCCUUUCCUCUCCUGUUCCCACAGGGUUGUCGGGUUGUCGGUGGGUGUGGGUGGGAGAUGGCUUCUGCUCCACCACCGAAUGUGCCUUUACCGGUCCCAUCCACCUCGCCCCCUACCUGCGCAUCAUCCCCGCCGAUCUAGCCGCCUUCCGAGACCUCCUGCUCGCCCUGGGGGUCCGCGAGUGCCUCUCGGGGAACGAGUACGCCGCUGUUCUCGCGAGUAUCGCUAAAGACGCGCAAGGCCGCCCGCUCGCGCCGCGCCAGCUGGCGGCUGCUGUGUGGCUGGUGCAGCAUCUGGCGGAUCUGCAGUUUGAUUCCGGGGCGGCGGGCGGGGGUGGGGGUGGCGGGGGCGGAAGUGGGGGCGGAGGAGGAGGGGGAGAGGGAGUGGGGGUUGCAAGCGGAGGGGGAGGGGGAGGGAGAGGAGGAGGGAUGGUGUAUGUGCCGGAUGCUCAGGGCAUUUUAGUGCAUGCCUGUGAGCUCGUGUAUAACGAUGCUCCCUGGCUACCCCAAUUCAUGCGCUCCACUCCCCUCUCUCCUCCCUCCUCCCCUCCCUCCUCCUCUCCUUCCCCCGCUCCCUCCGCCCCUCCCACUUCCACUCCCUCCUCCUCUCACGAUACCUCUGCAGCAGUCCCAUGCUUCCCAAGCAGCCACCCAAGCUCAGCAGCACCGCCCGAACCAACCUUCCAGGUUCGGUUCGUCCACGCCAAGAUCUCCAACGACGUGGCAGACAGGCUCGGCGUCCGAUCCUUGCGCCGACAGCUCCUAUUGGACAGCGGCGCAGCUUCCAUGGCUCUCUCCCUCCAUGCCUCCGCCUCCUCUCUCUUCUCCCCCACAUCGCUAGCCGCUUCUACCGGGGCUGCUUCUAGCGGGGAUGGCGUGGAGGCGUUCGGGCAGCACGAGGCUCUAACCACUCGUUUAAAGCACAUAGUGGAGAUGUAUCCGGAGGGGCCGGGGGUGCUCUGUGAGUUGGUGCAAAAUGCAGAUGAUGCCGGCGCGAGGGAAGCGGCGUUUCUGCUCGAUCACUCCCGAUUCGGCGCUUCGUCAGUGCUCAGCCCGCGAAUGGCUGACUGGCAGGGCCCGUCACUGUAUGCCUACAACGAUGCUGUGUUCUCGGAUCGGGAUUUGAUUGCGAUUUCGCGCAUCGGGCAGGAUAGCAAGCUGGAGAAGCCCAGUGCUAUUGGCCGCUUCGGGCUUGGCUUUAACUCGGUCUACCAUUUCACCGACGUUCCGGGGUUCGUUUCCGGGCAGAAUCUGGUGAUUUUCGACCCGCACGCGUCGAACCUGCCCGGAAUCACUCCCUCACACCCAGGCCUGAAGAUCAGCUUCGUCGGCCGCGGCCUCCCGGACCAGUUCCCAGACCAGUUCCGCCCGUUCCUCCUGUUCGGGUGCGACCUGCAGUCCCCGUACCAUGGCACUCUGUUCCGGUUCCCGCUUCGGUCCGAAGCUGCGGCGGGUCGGAGCGAGAUAAAGCACGAGCCGUGCACUCCAGAGGACAUCCGGCAGCUCUUCAAAUCCUUCCAGCGUUCGGCCACAGAAGCGCUGCUGUUCCUGAGAAACGUGGGGCGGAUUUCGGUUUUUGAAAGGGUGGAUGCCGGGAGUGAGCCGAAGCUGCUGUUUUGCGCACAGAGAGUAGUGGCUGGUGAGGGAGGGGCGUCAGGAGGAGGAGGAAGUCCCUUUGUGGCAGCACUGCCGUCCCCAGGAACGGGACUGAGAGCCCUGGGGGAUGUGGCUGAUGGGGGCAGUUUGCAGCGAGCCAUUUUCGAUUUUGUUCGGGGCAGCCCGCAAAAUCCUCUGAACAAGGACCAGUUUUACCACAAGCUGCAGCGGGCAGCUGAAGGGCAGCUUCCGAGGCAAUGCGGGCGGAUUUCGAUUUUAGUGACUGAUGGGACGGGACAUGUGGCGGCUUCUGAUUGGCUCGUGUCGAACGCGCUGGGCGGGGGGCGGGCAAGGGAGUGGGCUGUAGCAGUGGAGAACCGGCCGAGAGGGUUCCUGCCGUGGGCCGGCGUUGCUUGUCUUAUCCAGUGGGAAGAGGAGGGGAAUACCGGGCUGGUGAAUCUGAUGGGAGUGGGGGAAGAGUCAGAGGAAGGUGGAGACGGGAAGCAGGAGGCAGCUGGUGGUGCUGUUGUGCAAGAGGAGAAGAGUGAGUUAGGUGGAGGAACAAGAGGAACGAAACAACGGACCUCCCUGCAAGGAAGGGCCUUUUGCUUCCUGCCUCUGCCAGUGAAAACGAACCUCCCAGUGCAUGUCAACGGCUACUUUGAGCUCUCCUCCAACCGCCGAGACAUCUGGUUCGGCGAUGACCUGGCAGGUGCAGGCAAGGUUCGGUCGGAGUGGAACCGGCGGCUCCUGGAGGACGUCGCAGCUCCGGCGUACGCUCGGAUGCUUGCCGAAGCUACCAAGCAGCUUGGGCACGGGCCUGCGUACCAUGCUCUCUGGCCUGGGGCGAAUGUGGACUCGCGGUCUGGUUCGGGUUUGGAUUCAGGUUCGGGUGUGGUCAAGAGGCAGGUUCGGGGAGAGCUAGUGGAGCCUUGGGAAUCGUUGGCAAAUCGGGUGUAUGUGUGCGUGACUGAGCUCGAUUUGGGUGUUAUCUGGACAGGGGCAGCUGGGGGCAGGUGGAUUCCUUCAAAACGGGCAGUUUUUGCAGACACAAACUACCCGAAAAUGGAAGACCUCACAAAUAUUUUGGUCCGGGCAGGUCUCCCCUUGGCAGAUGCUCCGUACCCAGUGGUGGAAAGAUUUCGCUCGGCCUGCCCGCAGCUCCGGUUCCUGACUCCAGCACUGCUCAGAAAGACACUGAUUGGCUCGGGCAGGCAAAUUCUUUCGAGCUGCCCGGAUGUGGGCCUGGCGCUGAACUACUGCCUCAGUGACGUGGAUGUGGAAGAAGCUGCCGAGAAGCUUCCAGGCCUCCCACUCAUCCCUCUGGCCAAUGGCAUGGUAGGCGCGUUUUCCAAGAUUGACAGUGGCAGCAGCAGCAGCGGCGGCAGCAGGAGGGGUGGAUUGAUGACUGGUGGUGUGAUGGGUGGGCAUUGGAGCGCUGGAAUGAUGAAACAGUGGGACCCACGAGCCAAGGUCAGCAGCAGCAGCAGCAGCAGCAGCAGCAGCAGCAGCAGCAGCAGCAGCAGCAGGACAGGCUUUGGAACAGCAGGCAGCAGCAGCAGCAGCAGUAUUGGCUUUGGCGGCAGCGGUGCAAUGAGGCUGAUCGUGACUCGGAAUGAGGCGGAGUUUUCGCUGCUGCUGCCCAGUGCCGCACACCUGCUGGUGCACCGACAGCUGGCAGCAGAGCAGGGCGAGGCGUGGGGCAAGCUACAGGCCAUGGCCGGGUGGUGGGAGGAGGGGGAAGGGGACGGGGAAAGGGAGGGGAUGGGGGGGACGGCGGGUGGAAUUGCGAGUGGUGCUGGUGCUGGAGGAGGCAUGGACGUUGGGGAAGUGCUAGGGUUUCUGAACGAGACUCAGCAGGUGCAGAAGCAACAGCAGAAGCAGCAGCAGAGGCGCAGGGAAAGGGCGGGUGCAGGGGUGAAUCUGGCGCUGGUGUCGGUGCCUGUGCUGGCUGAGCUCAUGCCUCUGCUGCUGCCGGAGUCGUGGCACGGACUUGCGUUUGUCGCGUGGCGUGGUGGGGCAGGAGAUGGGGAGAGAGGGAGAGGGGAAAGGGGAAUGGGAGAAGGAGAGGGAGGGGGAGAGGGAGAGGGAGAGGGGGCAGCUGGGAUGCUGAUGCAGGCAGACAUGGGCGCUGCUGCUGCAGCAGCAGCAGCGGCAGCAGGGGCAGAAGGAAGAGGGUUAGGACUUGAAGUGGAAGGGGUUGAGUUCUUGGAGUCAGAAGGCCCGUCCUUGGAGUGGAUUCAGCAGUUCUGGAGCUACCUCUCCUCUUCCUCCUCCACCUCCUCUCCCACCACCACUGAUUCUCACAGCAGCAGCACCACCACCACCACCACCUCCGCCUCCUUUCCCCCUCCUGGCAGUUCCUCCCUUCCCUCGCCCUCUCCCACUCUCCCCUGUCCACCCCAUGCCAGCCUGUCGCUCAUCGCUGAUUGGCCGCUCGUCCCAACCACCAAUGGGCAGCUGCGGCAGCUGCAGGCAGGGGGCCCGCUGCUGCGACCGGGGGGAGGGGACGGGUGGAGUGAGAGCAUGCUGUCUCUCUUUGCACGCCUGGGAGUGUACGUUGUGCGCAGUGACGUGAAUCUGGACCACCCGGGGCUGAGGGAGUAUCUUCACGACGCCUCUGCUGCUGGGAUUCUCGAUGCCAUUGCUGCAGCGGCGGCGAACCGUGCUGCUGCUGCAGCUUCUGCUGCCAAUGCGGUUGCGUCCCGACAGGGCAUGGGAUCCACCAGGCGAGCAGCAGGAAUGGGUCUAGGGGCAGGAGGAGGAGUAGGAGCAGGUUCAUAUGGGGUAGGUCUAGCUGCAUCAGUUGACCUUGCAGCAGCAGCCAACCAGCCAGCGUCCUCUGCUGCUGCUGCUGCGUCUGCUGCAGCAGCUCAAGUGCCGCAUCUCGAUGCGCUCCUCUCGCUCUUCCAGGGAGCAACGGACGGGGAGAGGAGAGAGCUCCGCAGUAUCCUGUGCCAGUCCAAGUGGUUCCCCCCAACAGAUGGUCCUUCCGAAUCAUCUGCUGCUGCUGGUACGGUCGUUGCACAUGCCUUUGGCCUGUCCAGAGGCCUCAAGCACGUUUCAGAACCUUCUCCGCCGCAUCCAGGUGGCGUUCUCGCAGAGCGCCACAUCAGCAUGCUGCGAGCGCUGCCGAUCUUCGAGUCGUACGGCACCUGGUCGCCCCCUGAAACCCGGUCAGAUGCAGAUGAGAAACAGCAAGGGGGUGGUGCUGGUGGUGCUGACCUUUCCGCUGGCCUCCCCGCUGGCCUCUCCGCUGGGCGUGUGUUUGUGGAUCUGCUCACGGCUCCGCGCUUCUUCGCCCCGCCGUCCAUCGACGAGUCGCUUCUCGACGCCUCAUUCGUCCGCGUCGACUCCGACAAGGACCACCGAAUCCUGCGCUGCCACCUGGCGGUCUCCCCGAUUUCACGAACUGCUUUCUACCUGAACCACCUCUUCCCUCGCAUCCGUGCCGCUGCUGCCGCCGCCGCUGCUGCUGCCACAGCUGCCACUCCUGGUGCUGCUGGUACUGCUAGUGGCGCUGGUGGUGCCGCAGCCGCAGCAGCAGCAUCAGCAGCAGCAGCAGCAAGGGCAGGGGUGAAGGGAUCAGUGGUGCCGUUGAGUGGAGAGGCGGGCACAGCAGCGAUGGUGGCGGUGGUGAGGGACCUGCCGCGGCUGGCAGAGGAGGAUGAGCGGGUGGUGAAGGAGCUCAGCAGGCUGCCCUUCCUGCCCACCCCCUCCGGCCUGCUGAAGCCCCCCUGCAGUCUUUAUGACCCGCGGGUGCCGGAUCUCACGUCUCUCCUAGACGCAUCUCUCUUCUUCCCAGCACCGCCCUUCUCCUCCCCCGCCCUCCUCCCCACGCUCCUCUCCCUCGGCCUCCGCACCACCAUCGACCGCCGCGCCCUGCUUGCCUCUGCACGGUCAAUCCAAGAGGCCUGCAGAGCAGGGGGCGAGGGACAGGGUGCAGCAGCAAGGCAGGGUGCGGCAGGAAGGGGUGGCUCUGAUUUUGAUCAGUCGGCUGGUCGUCGUGGUGAGAUCUUGGCGCGAGCGCGUGCCUUGCUGGCGCAUCUGGAUGCGCGACAGGUGGCGGAAGAUCAGUGGAGGAGCCUUGGCGGAGGGAGGGCAGGGGGCGAGGAGGAGGAGGAGGGUCAGGGUGGGGUUGGGAGUAGGGGCGGUAGUGGUGGUGGUGGUGGGUUUGAUGAUGGAUUUUUGGAAGGUGGUGGUGAUUGGUCGAGAUUGGGUGCACUGGGCGGCUUUGCCGCCCGGGGAUUCAGUGGAGAGGAUGGAGAUGCGGCUGUGGUGGGGAGGAAGAAGGGGAACGAGGGAGAGAGGAGUGUGGGUGCUGGUGGUGGCACUGCUACUAGUACCACUGGCAGCAGCAGCACCAGCAGCAGUGGCGGCGGUGGCAGCAGCAGUAGCAGCAGUGGCGGCCGCAUUGGUGAAGUUGUGGAGGAGGAUAUUCCCGAGGAUGCCUUCUGGGAGGAGCUGAAGGGGAUCUCAUGGUGCCCUGUGCUGCAGCGACCACCGGAUUCCGCCCUUGCUACUCCCGGCAGUGGCGGCGGUGGUGUUGUGGUCACUGGGUCUACCUCCAGUGACCACAGCAGCACCACUGCCACUCGUGGUACCACCGGCACCACCAGCAACAGCAGAAGUACCGACAACAGAAACAGCAGCAGCGGUGGCAGCUGUGGUUCCAUCCAGCCGCCCUGGAAGGGCAGUCCGUCCGGGUUCAUGCCGCCCUGCGCCGUCCGGCUGCAGGACGACGUGUGGGUGGUGGGCGGCAGCAUGUGCAUUCUGGGCGGCGAAGUGCGGUCGGACAGCCUGGCGCGCAAGCUGGGGUGGCGGGACCCCCCGCCUGUAGAGGCGCUGGUGUCUCAGUUGCUUGCUCUGGCUGCUCUGCAUGGGUGUGCUGUGGCUGAGAGGAGGGGGCGGGAGGAGAGAGGGGAGAGGAGUGUGGAAAGGAGGGAGAGGAGAGGGGAGAGGAGGGGUGGGAAGAGUGGGAAGGUGGAAGGGAGGAGAGGCAAGGCGCGUGGGUUGAGUUUGGAAGAGAAGCGAGAGAAGGAUGAGAUUGAUGUGGAGGGUCGGAGGGACAAGGAGGGAGAGGAUAAGGAAGGAAAAGGAGAGGAGGGAGAGGAGGCUGAGGAGGAAGAGAAAGAGGAGGAAGAAGAGGAGGAAGAGGAUGAGGUGACAGUUCUAGAAAGCAUCUUGUCGAAAGAAGUCCCGAGAAUCUACGCGUAUCUUGAGCAGCACAUGGGCUCUCCGUCUUUUUCUGCCGCCCGGACCUCCUUCCAGUCAGUGGCCUGCAUUUGGGUCGGCGACACCUUCAUCGCACCUUCCUCCCUCGCCUUUGACUCGCCCGCCCACUUCCACCCCUACCUCCACGUCGUGCCGACAGAAGCCGCCCGCUUCCGCACCCUGCUGACGUCACUCGGCGUCAGGGAGACGUUCCAGGUGGGGGAUUAUGCGCAGGCGCUAGCCCACCUGAAAAGAGACCUGGAGUGGCGGGACCGGAGGCUCGACGGAGGCUCGGGAGAGGGCCGGGGAGCUGGUGGUACAAGAGGAGGUUCGGGAGGAGGAACAGGAGGGGAAGGAGGAGGAGGCAGAGCUGGGGUUUUAUCCCCGGACCAGUUCUCAUUCGUGCUUAGGGUUUUGGAGGCCAUAGUGGAUGCUCUACCGCCAAGUGGCGAGCCGCCAUUGGCCGGCACGGUGCUGGUCCCCGAGGCUUCAGGAGGCCUGGUGGCGGCUCGGGAGUUGAUUUUCAAUGAUGCUGCGUGGCUCGGUAAAGCAACCGUGGACGGGCGGAGCCGCUUUGUCCAUCCUGAUGUGCCCCACGCCAUAGCGGAGCGCCUUGGCUCGCGCUCCCUUCGAGGGUUAUCCCUGGACGGCCCCUCUGCUGCCACCUCGCUGCCUUGCCUGCCAGCGGUGGUGAUAUCGGAGCUGUUAGAGGGCUGGGCGGCGGACAGGACGCGACCAACCCUGCCUCCAUCUGCUGCUCUUCGACUUACUAGAGCGGUGGUGAUAUCGGAGCUGCUAGAGGGCUGGGCGGCAGACGCUCAACUACUUCUCUUCGAUCUGCUGGAGGUGGCAGAUGCGUGUGGCGCCCGAGGGGUGGAGUUCGUGUGGGACCAGCGACACCACCCGGAGAUCUCCCUGUUGCAGCCCAACCUGGGCCAAUUCCAAGGCCCUUCACUCACCAUCCUUUUCCACGGAGCCCAGCUCACAUCAGAAGACAUUUGCCACCUGCACACGCCUCCCCCCAUCCGCCUCCGCGACGCCACGUGUCGCUACGGCACUGGUCUGCUGGGCGCAUACCACCUCUCCGACCUCCCCAUGAUAGUCUCAGGAAGCUUCCUCUACGCCUUUGACCCCUCGGGUCACCAUCUUUUCUCCGGUUCGGCUGCCGGUGGUGGUGCUGCUGCUGGCGGUGGUACUGGUGGUUUGUCUGCUGCUCGUGGCUCAUCAGGGUCGCCUGGUGGAUCGAGGAGGAGAGGAGGAGGGGACGAUAUGGCUGCUCCUGUUGCUCGAGCCUUUUCCCUCAAAGGCUCGGGCCCCUCAAGCUUCAUCAACCGUUUCCCAGACCAGUUCCGACCCCUCAUCUUUCCUUCUUCCUCCUCCACCACCACCACCACCUCCUCUCACUCCUCCUCCUCCGCUUCCUCCUCCUCCUCUCUCUGGGAUGAGACCACGGUGCUGCGCCUGCCUCUUCGCACUCAGCAGCAGGGAGACUCUAGUCCAAUCAGGCGAGGCCACGUGGCGGGACCUUGGGAUAUUGUUGUGAUGGCUCAGCUGCUGCAGCAGCACGGGGCGGCGUCGCUUGUCUUUCUCAACUCUGUGGAGACGGUGUCGUUCUCUGUGUGGCCGGUCGAUGCUGCCCAUCCGGAAGAGUUUUUCCAUGCCCAGAUUCGGGCAGGCAUGGGCUCCCUCCGAGCGCCCUUUCAGGACCACAAGGUGCGCAAGCAAGGCUUCCUCUCCAGCCUCUUCGCCCCUGGUGGGGGCAAUAAUAGCGGCAGCGGCAACAGCAGCAACAGUAGCCUUAAAGCGUUCACUCUAGACGUUCUCACCAAGUCCCAGUCCCUUGCCCCGCUGCUGGGGAGCGGUGGUGGAGAGGAGCGUGGGGGGAGUGGGGAAGGAGAUGGGAGGGUGGGGAGUGGGGAGGGUGGAAGGGAAGGAGAAGGGGAGAGAAGGUUGGAAAAAGGGAAGGGGAGAGAGGAGGUGGGAGAGGAGAGGGUGACACUGCAGAAGCAGCAGCAGGAGGAGGAGGAAGGGAGGAGUGGAGAGAGGUUGGGGAAGGUUGCAGGGCAGGCGAGGGGUGGUGGAAAGAAGGCUGCUGGAAUGUCUGACGUGGCGAUCGAUCGUUGGCUCGUGGUGCAGACGUUUGGGGCAGGGAGCUCGCUGGAUAUGGCACGGAGCAAGAGGUAUCUCUCCUUCAACCUCUCACCAGUGGCCGGUGCCGCCACCCGAAUCCUCCGCAACGGCGAAAUCAUCCCCUUCGCCACCACCCACUCCUUUCCUCCGCAACCAGAGGCACAACCACACCUGCCUUCAGCCAACCCCUCUCCCUCUUCUUCCUCCUCCGCUCCCUCCUCUCUCGCCGCCCUCGCUGCUCUGCGCCCGUUCCUCCCACCGUCGGUUGUUCUGGCACCGCUCCCUGUGCCUCUCAAUCUGCCCUUCCCAGUGGCCCUUUUCGGCCAUUUUCUCCUACUCCGCAACCCCGGCUCCCCCCGCUCCCUCUUCCUCCCUCGCCCCUCUUCUUCCCCUUCCUCUUCCGCCUCCCCCUCUCUCUCCUCCUCCGCUACUGGUUCAAUGCCUGCUGCUGACGUGGCACCGGGCGCCACGUCAGCAGCCGCCACGUCACCGAUGGACGCACUCAUGCAGGCGUGGAACGAGGAGCUGCUGACAGGUGUGCGCGAGGCGUACAUCGGCCUCCUACUGGAGAUGCAGAGGAUCAGGAUCGGCGAAUCACGGCUGGUAUCGGGCAUAUCUGGCGUGUCAGGAGUAUCUUCACUAUCUGGGGGUGCGACCCAGCAGUCUCAGGGUUACAGAGGCAGUAACCGUCAGCAUCAGCAGUACCACCAGCACCAGCAGCACCAACUGAGAGGAGCGUUGUUCCCAGCGGAUCAGUUCUACUCCCUCUUCCCCCGCUCCUCCACUCCUGCUCGUGCGGCUCUUCCCGCAAUCCCCACCUCUUCCUCUUCUCCUCACCCCACUUCCUCCACUCAUCCCACUGCUUCUCAUCCUCUGUCCACUCAUUCUGCUUCCCCUGAGAAUGAGCCGAAAGGUCAGCCAGCGGGAGGAGCCACAGGCGCAGCCACAACAGGCGAUGAGCUGGCGCUGUGUGAUUGGAUGGUGCGGCCGAUGUACGUCCGGCUGGCAGAGCUGCCCGUGUGGCAGCUCCACAGUGGGGCAGCCGUGCAAGUCAGCCAAGGAAUGUUCCUCGUCCCGCCCCCUGGCUCUAUAACCACCCCCUCUAUAAGCAGCUCCGCUAUAAGCACACCUGCCAACAGCAGCUCCGUUAUAAGCACAUUAAGCACAUCUGCUAAUAGUGGAGCGCCACCGGAGGCGGUGUGUGAGUUUCUGCGGGCGCACUACCGUGUGUUCAGCGUGCCGUGGGAUCUGGUGGGUGAGCUGCAUGCGGCGGGCGUGGCCACUCAGGCGCUGACACCUGGCAUGCUGCGCUCGCUGCUGCGUGGGCCCAACGCUGCCACUACUUCUGUCCCCGUGACCACGCAGGUUGACCUCUUGGAGUAUUGCUGUGCUGACAUUCAGCUGCCCGACCCAGCCUCCUAUCCCGCGCCGCCACCUGCCAGCUCCUCAUCCGCCAGCCAGGCUGGCAGCACUGCCACGUCAGCAGCGCCACGUGGCGCCACGGGAGCAUUCAGCAUGCUUCCACUGCCCAGGGAGGGCUAUGGGCAUGGUGGGCAAGGGCAAGGGGAUGGGAUGCGCAGUGAUGCAGAUGCUCUGGCAGAUCUCAUGGCUCAGUUCGGCCGGUCUGUUUUUGACUUCGGGCAGAAUGUUCUUGACGAGCUUGAUGCUGCCCGGGCAGGUGCGACGGGCAGCGAACAAAUAAACUCAGGUGGAGGAGGGAGAGGAGGAGGUGGGGGAGGAGGGGAGGGAGAGGGGAGGCCUGCACUGACAGAAGAGGAGAGGGAGCGACUAGCAGCAGAGGAGGCUUUCAGGAAAGUAGCAGAAGCCAAGGUUGCAGAAAUGAAGGGUGUUCCCGUACCUACUGGCACGGUGUCCGAUCCUGCAUUCCGAGCCUUCCAAUCCGAGCCUCAGAGGCACGGCGGGGCAGGGGGGGGUCUAGCCAGGCUCGGAAAAGACCUCCUCAUUGUCGCCACCUGGGAACAGCAGCGGCUGCUCCCGAACCUAGCACACAGGUUCGUUCACCGAACCUGCCUGGCUCGGCAGCUUCUAAAAGCUCUCUUCCUCCACCCGAGGUUCUGCGAGCUGCUGACGAUGCAGCCAUUCACGUUGCGCCACCUGGCAGACGGGCUGGCGACAGUGUUUUCCCGGCAGCAAAGGGCAGAGGCAGAAGGAGAGAUGCUGAUCGUGUGGGGGCAGGGAGAGGGGGCGGACGUGUGCGGAGAGGGGGAUGAGAAUGAGGGGGGAGAGCAGGGAGAGAACCAAGAGCAGCAGCAACAGCAGCAGCAGCAGCAGCAGCAGCAAACGUACCUCCCAGGAACUGCCACCACAGCCAUUGCCACAACCACUGGCAGCAGCAGCAGACUGCAGCAGAGGCGCCCUUGCGACUCUCCCUUGGAUCCUCUCUCACCCGAGUGGCUUAGGGCCUUCUGGGCUCUGCUGAAACGCCCCUCCCUCUCUUCCGCACCCAUGUCUCAAGCAAGCAGCAUCAGUGGCAGUGGUGGCACUAGAGGGCAGGAGGAGUGGGUGGAGAUCUUUGAAUCCUGGCCGUUGAUUCCCGCUGUGACACGUGGCGGCAGCGUACUGGUCAAGGUGGCGUUCCGGGCGGCGGUUUUUGUCCCUCCAGAUGCUGGUGUCCCUCCUGCCGAGCUUCCUGCCGUGCCUCCUGUCGAGCCUGCAAUGCCUGUGUCAGGAGUAGGGACCAGUGGGGAAGGUAGUUCAGGGGGAGGUGGUAUUCGGGCCUCGGAAUUUGCUGCAGUGGCAGCUGUAGGGUGGGCUGAUUUUGGAGAUUCAGCAGCUGCUGGCACCUCUGCUGCUUCUGAUGUCUCUUCUCCUGUAGAGGGUUCUGAAGUUAGUUCAGCCAAUGACAGGCUGCCACGUGGCACCGCAGCAGAUCGUGCAACCCCAGUGACCACCAAUCCGCAUCCGCCAAAGCACCUGAGCUCCGAGGUUCGGCGGCUCCUGUGGAGGUUUGACGCACUGGAACGGGAGCACCCGUGGCUGCUCCCGGUCCUGCGGGACAGGCUCAGCAUUCCGAUCUUCGACCGGAGGUUCGUCGCUUGCUCCGAAGCGCUACGGUGCUGCGAGGAGGCUCGGAUAGGAGGCUCGGACAACACCCAACACACCCAGCAUCACCAGCAGCUGUCUCUGCAGCAGCUUGUGCUGGCUCGGCUGCUAGCGGCUCAAUCCUUGGAUCGGCUUCCUCCCCCUGCUGCUCUCGCUCUUGCUCUCUCCCCUCAGGACUGCGACCACUUGGUUUCCUUCUUCGCUUCGCACGUCCGCUCUCCCUCCUCCUUUCUCCAGUCCCUCGCCAGCACUAUUUCCUCUUCCUCCUCCUCUCCCUCUCCCUACACCCCUCAAGAGCUCGCGCUUAUCCGCUCGCUCCCUAUCUUCAGAACCACUCUCGGGGAUUUCACAGCCAUUGACCCUGACCUGCACUGCGUCGCGCCACCUGUCACGUUCUACCAACCAAAAGAUGCCACGUGUCUGCAGGACAGAGAUUCUCCCGGGGAGAAGGCCCUGCUGAGCUGUCUCGGCGUGAGGGUCAUCGACGAGGCGGACGUUCUCGCGAAAUUUGCGCUGCCCGGAUUUGACGGGCAGAGCGAGGAGGAGAGGGAGAGGGUGCUGCAAUACGUGGUGCAGCACUGGCAGCAGCUGAAGCAGAAACCAGCAGUUGUGGACGCGCUGAAAGAGACAAGGUUUGUGAUACCAGCGCCGCCCACCGCCGAUGCUGCCUCUCUCUUCUCUCCUCCUGACUCCUUCCCUGCAAUCGCUCUCUCUGUGGCCGCUGCCACCACAGCACCUCCCACCACCUCCUCCUCCUCUUCCUCUCCUUACCCUUCCCACCCUCUCGACUCUCCCCCUUCUUCAAUUUCUUCUGCCCGGGUCCGCCCGUGCGAUCUCCUCGACCCAGCCAAUGACCUCCUCCGGCAAGUUUUCUUGUACUGCCCGGAAAGGUUCCCGGGCGGGCAGUUUGAAACUUCGCGGUGGCUGCCCGUGCUGCGGGACUGUGGCCUCCAAUCCGCCUUCACUCCUGACCUCUUCCUCCAAUGCGCUUCAGCCGUGGAAGCGCGGUAUGUUUCCUUCCUGGAAUCUUCCUCUGCUGCUGCUGCUGCAGCAGCAGCAGCUUCUAGCAAUGCUACAGGCACUGCAGGCGCCGUCGCUGGUGCUGGUGGUGCCUCUGCAUCGGAUUCGUUUCUGCUGUUUGGGGAAGAGGACCCUUCGCAGGAAAGCGAGACAGGGGACUUUAUGAGCGUGGAUCUGUUUUCGGGAGGACGUACCACCGGUGGCAGCAGCAGCAGAGGUGGUCUGUCUUCUGCUGCUGGAGCAGCAACAGGAGGAGGGGGGUUGGCGGGAGGGGGGCCGGUGGUGGGGGUGGAGGAGGAGCUUUGGGUCGUGGCAGGGCGGUUGACAGAGGCUCUGCUUGCGAAUGUGGCAGUGGUGUUUGGCAGCAGUGCGAUGGAGUCACUGGGGCAGAUCAGGUGGGUUGGUCGUUGGGAAAAUCAGGUGUGUGGGUGGGUCACAUCAGGUGAGCUUCUGCUGUCGCUAGGCAUAUCUCAAAUCCUCUCUCAAAUUACAUGGGCCCGGUCCCCACCCCCUAGUGGUGGUGAGGGUGGAGGAGGAAAUAUGGUGGUGGCAGGGCGGUUGACAGAGGCCCUUCUUGCGAAUGUGGCCGUGGUGUUUGGCGGCAGUGCCAUGGAGUUCAUCCCAGCAGAGCAGGGAAUACUGAAACGGGGGACAGCGUUAGAUAGGUUCAUCCCAGCAGAGAGGGGAAUACCGACGGGUGUGGCAGCGGUGGACCGGCAGCGCCUUGCCAGCUACGCUGCCUGCGUGGCGCCCUCCCCUUGCCUUACUUCCCCCCGUCUGUCACUUUCCCCCCUCACCCUUCACACCUCAGGUUCAUCCCAGCAGAGAGCAGAAUACCGACAGGCGGGGCGGCAGUGUAUAGGCUGUGUUACCCUCUUCUUGCCACAUGCACACGCGCACUCCCAUUGUCCCGCUUCCCCCAUGUCUUCCCUUUCCUUCCCCCCUUUCCCGCCUCACCCCUCACACCUCAGAUUCAUCCCUGCGGAGAGGGGAAUACCGACAGGCGGGGCAGCAGUGGACCGGCGGUGCCUCGCCAGCUACGCUGCCUGCGUAGCGCCCUCUGAUUGGCCGCUCGCGUGGACGGCAGUGCCUGUGCUGGCAAGAGAAGCCUUUGUACCGCCGCAGUUCACGUGGCUCAAGCUGGGGCUCAAAUCCCCGCCGCCCCUCUCGCUCGUUCUCACACACCUCAAGGUCUUGGGUCGAGGGGGAGGAGAGGAAACUCUCGCACGCUGGCCAAACAUUGUGGGAGGCAAGUCAGUGGAAGAAGCCUUUGAGCAGAUAUUCAAGUUCCUCGCCUCCCAUUGGUCCUCCCUCGAUCCCCCCAACAUCCGCUCCUUAAAGCCCGUCUCGCUCAUCCCCGUCGCCAACGGCACCCGCCUCGUCCCAGCCUCGGCACUCUUCGCCAGGCUCGGCCCGGACCUGGCACCGUACCUGUUCGAGCUGCCUCGGCGCUUCCUGCCGUUCUCCCAGCUACUGGUGGACCUUGGGAUGCACGAUUCGCCCUCGCCCUCUGCCCUCUCCUCCUUCCUCUCUGCCUUGCACCGCUCUUCCGGAGGGCAGAGGCUCAACCCGAACGAGCUACGAGCUGUUUUGAGAAUCCUGAGACUCGUGUGUGAGGGAGAGGAGGAGAAUGGGGGAGGUGGAGAGGGAGGAGGAGCAGCAGGAACGUUGUCUUCUCGCUCUGCAGCACUCUCUCCUCUCCUGGCUCACGCCGUGGUUCCGGAUGAUUCAUGCCGACUCGUCCCGGCGCAUUCCUGUGUCGUGGUAGACCCAGCUGCCGUUUUCCUAGCCAAUGAAAUCGACCCUCGUUGCCUGCGCCUCGUGCACCCGCUCCUGCCGCCGAGCCACGCGGCCAGGCUCGGCAUCCCGAGCCUGUCGCAGGUGGUCGAGCAGGAGCUGGACCCGAACCUGCCGAUGCAGCAGGUUGGCUCGGUGGGGGGUGUGGCUCUUAGGAGUGUUGGGGAGAGAAUCAGCAGCAGAGAUUUUGCUGCUGCUACUUGGUCCAUCUUGCACCAAUUCGCCGCCGCAGCAGCAGCAUCAACUCCCUCCUCCCUCUUCUCAUCCUCCUCUACCACACUCGGUUCAUCACCCCACUCCUCUUCCUCUUCAUCCUCCACCUCCUCCUCUCCCUUCUCUUUUCGAACAAGGGAUGUUACCCCUCUCUCCUCCCGCGCCCCUCCAUCCUUCUCCCCCAUCCAAUCGCGUGAUGACACGUGGCGAGCGCUCGCACGGGCAGCGCAGGGCCUGCGAUUUGUAUCGGGCCUCCACACGCGAUUCGUGAUCCUGCCGUCCCGUAAGGUGGUGCCACGUAGGACGACACGUCAGCACCACCAUCAGAAUCAGCAUCCUCAUCCCAGCAGCAGUACCGUAACUAGUAACUCACCUUUAGGAGACUUGCAUAGUGGUGUGAGGGACCCGGAUAUAGGGUCGGUGGGUAGUGCUGUAGCAGCAGCAGUGGCAGCAGCAGCAGCUGCUGAAGCGAGAAGAACAGACAAAGCCAGUAGCAGCAGGGAAGCUGGGGGAGGAGAAGGAUCAACCACAGCACCAACAGCAACCACAGCAGCAGGAGCAGGGGCCAUCCAGGGGGAGCUUUUCUUUGUGGAUGGGCGGCAAGGUCUUGUCUUUAUCUCAGCAGCAUCUGCUACAGUAGCAUCUCUCCCGCACGUCCUAUCUGCCGCCCUUAGCCAAUUCCUGGGCUCUCCUGUAUGCUUGCCUCUUGCCGCCCUGCUUGACUGCCCGCCGAACCUCCAACCGGGCCUCCGCCGAGCCUUGGCGCUCGGUUCUCCAGCAGCCCUGGUUUCUGCCACCUCUGGCAGCUCUGGAUCAGGUUCGGAAGCGGAAGGCGAAGAGGAGGGGCGUUUGGGUGCCGAACCAGCAAGCUCAGGCUCGGAAGGGCAGGCUCGGAUGCCGAGCCUGUGGCAGCAGCGGGUGGCAGCAGAAAGGGGAGGCAUGCCUGGGGAGGUUGUAGCAGCUGCUGACGUGGCACUGCUACAGUGCCACCCACUUAGGCCCUUCCAUGCGGGAGAGGUUGUAGCGUGGAGAGAGGAGCGGGGGGGAGGAGGCGGGGGGUCGCUAGCAGGCAGAUGGUUUGGGCAGGGGCAGGCCGCAGGAGGAGGAAUUGGCAUUGCAGCAGCAACAACUGCAGCAGCAGGAAGCGCAAUCAAUACUGAGCCUUUCGCAUCCCUUUCCUCCUCCUCAUCUCCAUCUCCCGCUUCUUCCGCUUCCACGCUUCGCUAUGGCCGGGUGGUGGCGGAUGUGAGGGCCACAGCAGGCCAGGCGCUGUGCCGCGUGCAGGUGGAGACCUUCCCCAACGAGAUGCGCCUGCUGCUCUCCUCCUCCAUCCUCUCCUUUAAGUCCUCCACCUCCUCCUCCGCUUCUGCUGCAGCCGCCGCAGCAACAGGGGGAGAGGCUGCUCCUCCCGCUGCUGCUACUGCCGCCACCUCCCCAGGCUCGUCGGCUCUUCCUCCUGCUUCUCCUGUUUUGGACUCUGCCAACUCAGCAGUGGCGGCAGUGCAAGCUGGCGCCACGUCAGUGUCGUCGGUGGUCCCGCCUGGCGAGGUGGUGCGGGCUGUGAACGACAUGCUGGCGGCAGCGGGGAUCCCGCUGGGCGGCGGGCAGCAGCGGCUGCUGACUCAGCUGCUGACGAUGCAGGAACAGGUGGCGGCGGUGGAGGCCACGCUGGCACAUGAACAGGCACGAGCGGAGCAAGCAGAGAAGGAAGCGGAGUCGGCCAAGGCAGCCUGGACGUGCCGCAUCUGCCUCGCUGCUGACGUCAGCGCAGUGCUGGUGCCAUGCGGGCAUGUGCUGUGCGCCAGCUGUAUCGCCAGCGUGCACCGCUGCCCCUUCUGCCGCUCCCAUGUGGCGCAGACAGUGCGGCUAUUCAGGCCGUAG